AGGGGGGCUCAUGAGAUCCGCGAGAUUCGACAGUUUCAUUUCACCGGCUGGCCGGAUCACGGCGUGCCCUAUCACGCCACGGGCCUGCUGGGGUUCAUUAGGAGGGUCAAGUCCAAGACUCUGAACAACGCUGGACCCAUGGUGGUUCACUGCAGCGCUGGGGCCGGUCGGACCGGCUGCUUCAUCGUCAUCGACAUCAUGCUGGACAUGGCGGAGAGGGAAGGCGUGGUGGACAUUUACAACUGUGUGAGGGAGCUGCGCUCACGGAGGGUCAACAUGGUCCAGACUGAGGAGCAGUAUGUUUUUAUCCAUGAUGCCAUUUUGGAGGCAUGUCUUUGUGGCGACACAACCAUCCCUGCCAGCCAGCUCCGCUCCGUCUACUACGACAUGAACCGCCUCGACCCGCAGACCAACUCCAGUCCCAUCAAGGAGGAGUUCAGG